CACACACACACACACUUGUAUAUCAUCAGCAGAAGAACUGUUCAUCAGGAGCUUCCUGAAAUGGGUUUUCAAUGCUGAGGAGCUACUCAAGACUAAGACCAAGGGCAAAGGAGAUGAAGGUGAAGCUGACACACCUGGCUGAGAAACCACAUAAACACAGAGCCAAUGAGGAAAAAACGCCUCCUGAUCUGGAAUCUCUGCUGCAAAGCAAAGCGGGCCUGCAGGUGUUUCGCUGGUUCCUGCGCUCGGAGUUCAGUGAGGAGAACCUGGACUUCUGGCUUGCCUGUGAGGAAUACAAGACCAUGCCUGAGACCAAACUGUCCUCUAAAGCCCAGAUCAUCUACACUCAGUUCAUCGCUGCUGAAGCUCCACAGGAGGUAAAUCUGGACUGUGAGACGCGUGAGGUGCUGAAAGACAGGAUGGACACACCAGCUACCGACACAUUCGUCGAAGCUCAGCAGCGCAUCUUUACCCUGAUGGCCAAAGACUCGUUCCCUCGCUUCCUACACUCAUCCUACUAUAAGCAAACAGUCAGAGGGGCCUGAGCUGGCAUAUGCUAUAUAAAUAAAAAAUUGCUAGUAAUUGAGAGUAAAAGAGCAUUAACGUAGAUAUUAGUUAACUUUAGCUGUGUCUCAAAUCGUUUAAUACUCAAUGAACUGAAAUUUCUCAGAGCAUGUCCUAGAAGGUCCCACGAUAUGAUAUUAAUUCCUCAGAGGAAAUUACAGUGGCCAUUUUGAUUUGUAACAUCACUGGUUACUUUUGUGGAUUUUGCUAAUUUAAAAAGAAAACACUACGGUCGAUAAAGUACUCGGUAGCCGUAAGAUCCGCGUAAGUCACCGUGUUAGUUACGAACAUCAUAAAAUAUAACAGAUGCUAUGAAUAACAGAAAUAAACAUAUCUGUAAAACUG